GGGAGAAUGGCUGAAAACGUAAAGGACGAAAUAAAGAUGGAAAAUAUUGAGAUUAAAGAAGAGAUUCAGGAAGAAAUCCCUCCAUCCUCUACUGUAGAGGAUUUGUGUACUGUUUUUAUAAAGGAAGAAGAUGUAAAGAAUGAAUCUCAAGAUCUUUUCUAUGAUGGAAAUCCCCUUCGAGUUUCAGAGAGUAAAAAGAAGAGGAAAUUGGAAGUGAAAAUACAUCAGUGUGAUCAAUGUGAUUAUUCUACGACUAGAACAAGUAAUCUUAAAGCACACACUCAGAGAAAACAUUCAGAUGUAAGAUAUCCCUGUGACAAAUGUGAGCACAUUGCAACUGCUGCAAGUGACCUUAAGAAGCAUAUUGAGAUAAAACAUGAUGGAGCGAGAUAUUCCUGUCAUGAAUGUGAGUUUGCUGCAACUUCAGCACAGACUCUAAGCAUACAUAUUGAGAGUAAACAUGUAGGAGUGAGCUAUCCCUGUGAAAAGUGUGACUAUACUGCAACAUCGUCUAAGUAUCUACAAAGACAUGUUAAAAAUAAUCAUGAAGGAAUGAAAUAUUCCUGUGAUCAAUGUGAAUUUGUUUCAACUACAGUAAGGGUUCUAAAAAGACAUAUCGAAAGUAUACAUGAAGGAGUGAGAUAUCCCUGUGGUCAAUGUGAGUUUGCUGCAACUAGACCAAGUCAUCUCAGAGAUCAUAUAAAGUAUAAACACGAAGGAUUAAGAUAUCCUUGUGAUAAAUGUGAGUACGCAGCAACUUGCAGAGGUAAUUUACGAAAACAUAUUGAGAAUAUACACGAAGGAAUUAAACAUCCUUGUGAUAGAUGUGAGUUCGCUGCAGCUACAAAAAGUUCUCUCAAGAAACAUAUUGAGACAAAACAUUAUGAAAAAAUUCUCAAUGAAGAGGAUCCUCUGCUGGUUGGAUCAAAAAUAACCAAGAAAAGGAAACUAGGAGUAAUAUAUUUUUGUGAUAAAUGCGACUAUACUGCAACUUGCAGAGAUGAUCAUGGAGAUCUUGACCUUCAGAUAUCAAUGACCUCUGGAGGUCAAAAUAUGAAAUCAAUUAUUGAUGAUUUGAUUACAGAGAGAAUGGUUAAAACUGUAGAAGAAUUUAAGGAUGAAGAGUUAAAGAUGAAAAAAGAGAAAGGUUUUAUAAAGGAAGAAGUUAUAACUCCAUGUAUUGUAGAGGACACAUGUACUUUAUAUGUACAAGGAGAAGUAAUGAAGGAGGAAGAGAUUAAAGAAGAAAAUGUUUGUAUCAAGGAAGAAGUACAUUCCCCUACUGAAGAGGAUACAUGUACUGUAUAUGUAAAGGAAGAAGAUGUUAAGAUGGAAAAUACUGAGAUUAAAGAUGAAAUAGUUCUCAAUGAAGAGGAUCCUCUCCUGGUUGGAUCAAAGAUAACCAAAAAGAGGAAACUAGAAGGAGUGAGAUAUCCUUGUGAUAAAUGUGAGUACGCUGCAACUAAGUCGAAUCAUCUCAGAGAACAUAUUAAGAAUAAACAUGAAGGAGUAAGAUAUCCUUGUGAUAAAUGUGAAUAUGUUACAACUACAACCAGGGAACUUAGGAGACAUAUCGAAAGUAAGCAUGAAGGAGUGAGAUAUCCUUGUGAUAAAUGUGAGUACUCUGCAGCCAGACCAAAUCAUCUUAAAAGUCAUAAAGAGUAUAUGCACGAAGGAGUGAGGUUUUCUUGUGAUAAAUGUGAAUACGCUGCAACUUGCAGAGGUAAUCUACGAAAACAUUUUGAGAUUAAGCAUGAAGGACUAAGAUAUCCAUGUGAUGAAUGUGAAUACGCAGCAACAAGACCUAAUCAUCUUAUAAAACAUAAAGAGUAUAAGCAUAAAGAAGUGAGAUAUCCCUGUAAAAAAUGUGAUUAUGCUGCAAUGACAGCAAGUAGUCUAAAAGUUCAUAAUGAAAGCAAACAUGAAGGAGUAAGGUAUCCUUGUGAUAAAUGUGACUAUGUUGCAACUAUAGAAAGUGGUCUUAAAAGACAUAUUAAAAGUUUACAUGAAGGAGUGAGAUAUAAUUGUGAUAAAUGUGAUUACAAUUCAGCUACAGCAGGUAGUCUUAAGAUACAUAUUGGGACUAAGCACGAAGGAGUGAGAUAUCCUUGUGAUAAAUGUGAGUACGCCGCAACUACAGCAAGUAGUCUAAAAAAACACAUUGAGAGUAAGCAUGAAGGAGUUAGGCAUCCUUGUGAUAAAUGUGAGUACGCUUCAACGACAUUAAGUGAUCUUAGAAGACAUAUUAAGAGUUUACAUUGAAAAGUUAGAUAUCUGUGGGAAAAAUUUGAUUACAAUGCGGCUAGAUCAAAAGGCUAAAAAAUUAUCUUUUGUGAUCUUUCACUAAGUAUUCACAAUAAUCUGGCAACUAGACCAAAACUUGUGAGGUUUGAGAAAACACAAUCCAAGUAUAACCAUGAAGAUAUUAUGAGUAAGCACAUGAAGAAAAAUAUUUUAUGUAUAUUGAAAAAGAUAUCGUCUGGCUGAACAAUAUAAUUUUAGAUUGACUUUAUUCUUUGAUUUCAUUUAAAAAUUUAUCUAUCAACCCAAAUACUUCAUAAGAAAUUGUUUCAGAGAGAAUGACCGGAAACUUGAAAAAGGAAAUAAAGAUGGAAAAUAUUGAAAUUAUAGAAAAGAUUCAGAAAGAAGGCCGUUCAUCCUCUACUGUAGAAGAUACAUGUACUGUUUAUAUACAGGAGGAAGAUGUAAAGAAUGAAUCUCAAGAAAUAUUGGAGAAAGAGGUUAAAAUAAAAGAGGAAAAUGUUUGCAUCAUGGAGGAGGUAUCCUCUCCUUUUGUAUAUGUAGAGGGAGAAGUCAAAACUGAAAAUACUGAGAUUAAAGAUAUUCUAGAAGUACAUGAACCACAUCAUCAACCUGUUUAUUUAAAGGAAGAAGAUACAGAAAUUCGAGAGUCUGCUGCAAAUGAUAAUUAUCUUUCGUUAUCUGAACUUAAAUACACCUGUGAUGAAUGUGAAUAUUCUACUUCUAACCGUUCAAACUUGAUGGAACAUAUUGUAAGCAAACAGGAUGAAAAUCAAGUAUUUCCAUGUGAUUGGUGCAAAUUUGUAUCUAAUUCGUUGAUAAACUUGAAGAAUCAUAGAGAAAGAAUUCAUUUAAGAUCUGGAACUUCUGUAGAGAAUACAUGCACUGUAGAGGAUACGUGUACUGUGUAUGUCCAGGAAGAACAUAUUAAGAUGAAAAAUAUUGACAUCAAAGAUGAAAUAGUAAACCAAGAAGAUGAUCCUCUGCUUUGUGAGCGUCAUAAAUGUUCCUUGGGGCCAUCGCGAGUCACAGUGACAUGUGUUUUACCAAACUGCAGACCAAGAAUAGGAGGAUCAUCUUUUAGGAUUCCAGCAAAUCCAAAAAGAAAAAAAUUGUGGAUGAAAGCCCUUCAGUUAGAUAAGGAACUUCUCUUGUUAAAAGAUCCAAGAGUGUGUGAGAGGCAUUUCAAACUCUCUGAUUUUAGAAUAAAUGUCACAACCCCGAGAAAGAAAGUUUUAUAUUCCACUGCCGUGCCUUUCAUAGAAAAUUAAUUUAUGAAGUAUAAUAAAUAUUACCACGUUA